GGCUGGGCCCACACUUGACGCUUUUCGUGGUUUUGAACUGUGCUCAACUUUUCUCGUGGUUAUUUGCUAUUGCCAAUUUUCAUCCUUUAUUGCUUGUUGAUUACUAUCAUUAUUAUCAUUAUUAUUAUUAUUUAGGUGUUAUUUAUUAUUUUAAGCAUUUUAAAGUUAUCUCCCAUUUCGUACCUUUAUAUCCUACUUAUUAUUUGCUUGGAUGGCUUUUCCAUUUUCCAUUUUCCAUCUCCCACCCUUUUGUUACAAAUCAAAUGAUUACUCACAAAGAUUACUCAUAAUCAUCACCCAUUUUUUAUUGAUAUAAAUUAACUCCACUUCUUUUUUUUGAGGCUUUCUACUAUCUUUCAUUUUAUUCGUACUCCUUUGUUUAUACCUAUACUUGCAAUUAUAUUCAUAUUUACAAUUAUAAUUACACGCUAUCAAUUCUCUCACCUACUCUUACUCCUCAUCACAAUGGGCUUCGCAAGAAUAGCCUAUGCUGAACAUCCAUGGCAAUGCUGCUGCUGCAAUUGCCUUCAAUUACCAAUAAGAAUGAAAUGUGGUGUCUGCAACCAUCAUUUUUGUUCUGAUUGCAGAGAAACAACCUUUGAUUUUGAUGUGGCUAAAUACUUUGCUCAAGUUAAGAAUACUACUCGUUAACCCAUCACCAUCAUCAACAUCAUACUAUACUACCAAUACUAUUCUAUAUUGUCCUAUAUUAUUCUUUUAUACUAUACUAUACUCUCAAUCCUACUCUUGUUUUCUUAUCUUUGCUCAUCUCUUUCUUGUUUCUUCUUUUAUCGCAUGCCUUUCGCGGAUUUGUCAAAAUCCGAACCACG